GGUAUAAAACUCCUCGCAAUAAUGGAUAAAGAUGCAGAUUUUUUGAUACAGAGUGAUACAGAAGAAGAUGGGGAUGGUACAUUUUAUAGUUUAACUGCAGAAGAAGCAAAUGCUUCAGUAUACCUUGAUUCUACAGUAAAUAUAGAGCCUGUGCCUUUGGACGAAUCUGCCCUUGAUUCAUUAGACGAGCAAAAUUCUCAAUUGGACUAUAAAGAGGAUGGGUUGAGUGUUAUGGAUCCGGAUCAUAUUGAUAUAAGCUUCAUCGCCAAAGCUGGUAGUGAACUCACAGCUGACAAUGACAUUAAAAAUGAUGAGAUUGAGGCCACUAGAUAUUCAAUGCAGUCAAUUAAUUUGACUGACAGUGAUAACAUAAGUAAAGUGAGUGAAAGUCCUCCAGUUUGUGAUGAUGAUAUUCAUGUCCCAGAAGACAUAUCCUCAGAUGUUGUUGAAAUGCCACAACCUGUUAAGCAACCUUUGGUACUAGAUGCUAACAUUCCAUCGCCAACUGUAACAACGCCAACAUCAUACUUUGGUGCUGUAAAUCAGCACCCCACUUUUGUGCAUCAGACAACACCUGAAGUCACUGAAGUGGAAGAACAGACUGACCUGUCUAUUGAUAGUGAAUUGUGGUUACCGUCUCAAGACACUCUCCAGCUGAUCUCACAAUCUACAGAUGGGGCACUUGAUCCUCAGUAUCUGACUAAAGCCCGACCAAACAGCACUGUGGCAUUUGUCAGCCCUGCUAUUGAGCUCAUGAUGAAGUAUCACGGUGAGGCUGCAGCUCAACGCCUACAAACUCCACUACCACCAGUGUCAGAGGCUAAUCUGCAACAACUGGUAAAAGAGGGUAUGUUAUUGUCUGCUGUCAACAUGUUGACUGAACUUCUCAAUUCGGCUGAAAUGAGCCCCAACACAAUCAAGCUAUGGACCUUAAGAUUUACCCUCCUGAUAAAGUUGAAAUUAUACUCAACUGCUGAUGUAGAAAUGGCUAUGUUUGGCAAUCUUGAUAAUUGUGAUCUAUAUUAUGAGUUUUACCACGGGGACCAUCCUGGGAAGAAGGGUUCCAUCGUUCCCUGGAGUUUGAGGUUGCUGUGGUCUAUUUUACCUCUGCACUGUCCCUCAGCUGGAGGUUUAUAUGGUGCCCUCGAUAGAAUGUAUGGUCUUGUUUAUCAUUUGGAUCAAGCAUUACUAGCUGGCCUGCCUUACUUGCAGGAACAACGGGUAAUUAAAUACAAGACAAGUUUACUGAUACAGGUAGCUGGGGCACUUGCAGGCAGUGGAAGUAUCCAGCCAGCUAUAAAAUUACUCAUGCAAAUCAAGAAUGAUCAACCAGACAUGGCUGUACCAGUUUCAAAUGCAAUCAUACGGCUGUACUACCAAGUUGGCAACAUCCAUAAGGGAGAAAAUCUUCUGGCUGAGGUGCAGAAUAAACUCUCUGAGGAGGAAAAGGAAAUGAACAAUGGAUUCAAAUGUAUCGCUCAUGGAGAGUAUAAUGAGGCAUACCAACACUUUGCUAGAGUAGUUAAUCUUAAUCCCACUAAUGCUGUUGCCAGUAUUAAUGGGGCUGUGUGUCUGCUAUAUUUGGGUAAACUGAGUGAUAGUAUUGUACAGUUUGAAGGUGCAUCUAAAAUAUCCCUCCAUCCCAUGCUGUUGUUCAACUUGGUCUCUCUGUAUGAACUGAAAACAAUCGCUAAUACCACAAAGAAAUACCACCUAUUGGACAGUAUUACAAGUAAAUCUGACUGGGAGGCUUUUCCGUUUGAAUGUUUGAGAUUAUGAAAUUUAAAACCAGACGAUUAAAUGCAUGAUUCAGAACUUGAACUGAAAAUAUAGUUGUAAAUUUGAGUUCUUUUAAAUCCCGAUGUCUUGUUUUGUUCUCUAAGAUAAGAUUGCAGUAAAAUGUGAUGAUUAAUGAUACAUGCUAAUAUAGCAUUGCUAUAUAUUGAAUUGGGGAGAUUAAAUUUUGUGAUUUGAAGAAGUUGUGCUUUUUGUCUAUGUUUUGUUUAGUACUUAAUUUGAAUUUGAAUCUUUAUUUUUCUCAUUGUAACAUUAAUGUGUUACUACUAUUUUAUCCACUUGAUUCAAAUAUGAUAAUCUGUGCUGUACAUAAUCUAGUAGCCUUAUCUAUUGAUUUAUUGAGUUUAACAGAGCAUUAAAUAUGUUCACUGAGAUAAAUUUUGUGACCCUUGUUCUACCCCGGAAAUUGUGCCCAAGUUUGUACUUUGUGCCCUUUUUGAGGAUGUAACUGUUAGAACUUUGAGGUACUUAUUUUUUAGAGAAAGUUUACAUAGCGUCUUGGGGUGAUGACGGAAACUACAAUGAUCCUUGAAAUGACAAAAUGAUUUUGAAUUUGGUUCAUUAUAAAAUUGUAUGUAUUAUACUUAAUUUAUCGAUCUGAAACUAGCUAUU